AUGUUUGAGGGCGGUAUCCUCCAGUGGCCUGGUGCUUCUCCCCGUCAGGCUCGAAUCAUCACUCACUACCUAAGGGCCCCCGGCCCCAACUACAAGAUGGUUUCUUGCGAGCCUUUGCCCCAUGAGGAGAGAUUGGAGCAGGAGUUCACCGAUGCUCUAGCAAUCAAUGCUCAAGCAACAUCUUUCAAUCUUCUUGAACUUGCCGGUCUGGCUCUGGCCCACAUGGAGGCGUAUGGAGACAUGAUUUCCCUUACCAGGAUCAUGAUCAAUUUCAUGGCUCAGGGCGAAUGGUACCAGCGAAAUCAGUGCUAUGUUCAAGACUACGUGACUCGCCGUUUCACCUCCACCUACCCAAUGGCUAUGCAUCAUGACCGCAGAGGGUUCGGACACCAAACUGGCGAUCCCCUGAUCGACGGCCUUCUUGGUGCAAUCAACGGCCUCCGCUUCCCUGACUUGCCCUUCCCUUCCUACCCCUCAUCACUACUACUAAGGUCAACCCUUGAGGAGAUCAGGGUCCACUGUAAAGCUGCUGGAUCUGUUACUGAAACGAUUUCGAAUGCUAAUCCCAUUCAAGGUCAGAGAAAGUCAUCUCGAGAAAAGCAGACUUCGCGCAUGCACCUGGAAUAUACACCCUGA